UCCAUAAACAUAACAGUCCAGCAGUUUUUUGCGAGAAGACACCGAAGAAGGCGCUUUCGAUUACGCUACCUGCAAGGUUUGUCGGCAUUGUAUUUAAAUUUACGAGCUCGUCGCCAAUUUGCUCGCCGGCCUAGAAGAGCUUGGGUAUUUCCACGGCCACAGAACUGGUUUCAGGAACUUCUAAAUAACAAUGCACUGGAUCACUGGUGGAAAGAAAACUUUAGAGUUUCGCGCGAUACCUUUGAAUAUAUAUGCCAGCUCGUUGGACCGGCGCUCCAGCGGCAAAACACUAGGAUGCGAGAUGCCAUUCCAGUUCCAAAGCGCGUCGGUGCAAGCCUCUGGCGACUAGCUACUGGAGAGUGCUACCGCUCGUGUGGACUGAUGGUUGGGUUGGCAAAACCGACUGUUGUAAAGUGUUGCCAUGAAUUUGUUCAAGAAAUAUGCCGACUUCAAGAUGAGUUUAUCAAAUUUCCUUCUACUGCAGCAGAGAUAGCUAAAAAAAUUAAAGGCUUCGACAAUAAAAGUAAAUUACCUAAUGUACUUGGAGCAAUAGAUGGAAGCCAUGUACCUAUUAAGGCCCCGAAAAUUAACCAUGAAGACUACUUUAACCGGAAACAUUUCUACAGUUUUUUAGUACAGGGAAUAGUUGAUGCCUCUGGCCUCUAUUUAUCCGUGGCCACUGGUUUUCCUGGAAGUCUACAUGAUGCUCGGAUGCUGCGUUUAACUGACGUUUAUUGGGCUGCUGAAGAUGAGAACAUCCUAAUGGAACCUACAUUUGACUUAGGCGGAACUGUAGUGCGCCCACUUAUCGUGGGAGACACUGCUUAUCCAAACAAAACCUGGCUCAUCCGACCAUUUAAGGAUAACGGUGGGCUUACGCGCGACCAGAGGAAUUUCAACCGAGAGGUAUCCAAGGCGAGAAUAGUAUCCGAACAUGCAUUUGGUAUGACCAAAGGAAGGUGGAGGGUAUUACUUAAGCGCCUAGACGAAGACAGUGACAGAAUACCUGACACUAUCAUCGCCUGCUGCGUGCUACAUAACAUUUGUGUUUUACGAGGAGAUGAACUCGACAUAGAUGAUAGUGAUGAUGAUGAUAGCGAUGAUGAUGAUGAUGACGACGGCGGCCCCCCCUCCCAGGCUGCAGCUGCGGUUCUACAAGCCCUUGUUCAAUACGUUGCAAAUCAAUAG